AUAAGCAACACGGAAAUACAAAGCCCUGGCGACUUCUGCAUUUUGCGCGGGAAUCGACCUUGCCGAUCGUUUGUAGCCUGUUCGACACGCGCGCGCAGCCAUAAAACAAUCACUUGGUUUGGCCAAUACUUAUAUGCAUCCUAUUGAACCAACCCUUAACACGUAGCCCAGGGCUUUUUGCUUUUGUAGUUCGCACUGUCGCUAGUAUACAGCCCCUGCCAUCAUGAUAUCCAUACCACCAACACUAGACCAGGUGGUGGCUUUGCAGAAGUCGAUGCUGGAAGCCGUCCAAGUGGGCGCAGAAGCGACCAAAAAUGCGCUGCCAGCGGACGUGUUCGUGGGUCUUCUCCGCACGUGUGAGGCACUUCUACGCCAAGAGCCAACUCUGGUAGAGUUAGAGCAGCUGGACGCGUCGACGCAAGUGAUGGUUUUCGGCGACACGCAUGGGCAUUUCCCAGAUGUCGCGUACAUUGUGGACCAACUGGGUCUGCCGGGUCCGGCCCGUGUGUUUGUGUUCAACGGCGACUACGUGGACCGGGGCAGCUGGGGCGUGGAGCUGGUGGCGCUGCUGGUGGGUCUGAAGCUGGCGGCGCCCAAGCACGUGUACCUGCUGCGCGGCAACCAUGAGAGCAGCACGUGCACGCGCUACUACGGCUACAGCUCGGAGAUCAAGGCCAAGUACGGCAAGCAGGCGCGGGAGGUGUACGCGGCCAGUAAGAAGCUGUUCAGUGUGUUGCCGCUGGCCGCACUCAUAGCCGCCAACACACUGAUCAUGCACGGAGGUCUGUUCCGCCGGCCGCCCGAGCCCAAGCGCGGCGCCAAGCGGCGCAAGGCCAACCACCCCACCCGCGCCGGCGGGGCGCUGCCGGGCGGCGGCCCGCCCCUGGGCUGCCUAGCCGACCUGAGGCGGGCAGGCAAGGGCGGCAUGGACCCCGACGGCUGCGGCUCCUCGCUGCUGGCCACGGACGUGCUGUGGAGCGACCCCGUGGCAGAGCCGGGGCUGCGCGAGAACGAGGCGCGCGGCGUGGGGCUCAUCUUCGGGCCGGACGUGACGGAGGCGUUCCUGGCCGCCAACGGGCUGAAGCUGAUCAUCCGCUCGCACGAGGGCCCGGACGCGCGCGACAAGCGAGACGAUCUGCCUCAGGUGCUGCGCGGCUACAGCUACGACCACAACACGCCAGCUGGGCGGCUGGUGACGGUGUUCUCGGCGCCGGACUACCCGCAGUUCCAGGCGGAGGUGGACGACAGUGAUGAGGACGAGGACGAGGAGGGGGAGGGGGAGGAGGGCAAGGAGGGCAAGGAGAAGGAAGCGGCGGAGGGGGUAGCGGCUGCGGCCGUGAAACCGGAGGCGGCGCCGGCAGCAGCGGCGCCGGCGGGGACGGCGCCUGCAGGCGGAGACGCAGGGGCAGCAGCGGCGGCAGCAGCAGGUGCUGCGGGAGCGGCUGCGGACACGUCAGCGGCAGCAGCUGCGGCUGAGCCAGCAUCGGGCGGCCGCUACAACAACCUGGCUGCGGUGGCGGUGUUGAGCGCGCCGGACUGGGCGCAGCCGGAGAUGCGCACCUUCGAGGCGGUGCGGCCGCGGCCCAAGGCGGACCCCUACUACGACUUCGCCGUGUACUGCGACAGCGACGCGGAGGCGCCCGAGGGAGACGCCGGCAGCGAGGCCGGCAGUGAGGCGGCCAGCCACGUCAGCACCGCGGACGGCAUGGACGUCGACGUGGAGGGAGACGAGGCGGAGGGGCCGCCGCCGGCGGUGGAGGAGCAGGAGGUGGCGGCGGCGGCGGGGCUGGGGCCGGCGGCGGCGGGCGGCGGUGGGCCAGCACCUGGCGGGCCCGGGUGUGUGAGCCCGGUGCCGGCGGCCGGUGCCGCUGUGCCUGGGCAGGCAGGCGGCGCGGGGGCGGGUGCGGGCGUGGCAAGUCCGGAGUACGUGGCGGGGACGCUGAGUGCGGCGGCGGCAUCGUCCGCGGCGGCGGCGGCGGCGGCCGCGGCGGCGGCGGCGGCUGCGCUAGAGGCGGUGGCGGCGCCCGACAUGGCUGCGGCGGCGGGUCAUGGCUGCGGUCCGGCGGCGGCAAGUGGCGAGGCGGAUCCUGAGCGGAGCGGCAGCGGCGGCAGCGGCGGCGGCGGCUGCAGCAGCAACAGUGCGGAGGUGGCGUCAGUGCCAGUGGCGCCGCCGCACCCGCACCAGCAGCAGCACGGCGGCUGCGGCGGGUUGCAGGACGGCGGUGUGACGGAACCGGUCGAGAUGCAAAUGGGCACAGUGCCGGCGGCGGCAGCGCCGGCUGGCUUGUAGUGUCUGCAAUACUGGCGUGUGGGGGACAGGGGGGGCAUGCCGCAUGUGUUGAUGGUCGGGGCAGUCCAGUCAUGUGCCGCCAAGGUACCGUACAGGGGCGGCUAUACAUUGGCCUAGCAAUUGGGGUGGGCGAGGCAGCCCCGGUGUAGCAGGACGAUGACUCGGAGAGCAUUGUGUUUACAUGGGCCGAUGGGCGAAAGGCGUCGAUGUGUGCGGCGAUGUGUGCGCAAUCAUGCAUGGGGGCGGGGCAACAGGGCUCGAGGCGUUUUACUGCCGUAAACUGCUGUACAGACAAUCUCUCCCAUUCAAGUCUGACGGCUUGCGCGUUAACGCCUACCAAGGUGUAUCAUCUGCAGUGUAAGCCCCGAAGCUGCCGGGCGCCCGUUGUAAGAGGGCUAGCGCUGAGGCAUUAACCUGUCUAGCUCCUCACAUCACGGACCUAGGCCGGACGGGUGGGGAGGACAGGUCAAGUGCCCUGUCCUCCAGACUC